GACUAUCUCCGCGCGUGACUGUCUGCUUUGAGCUUCUGUGUGCUGUCCUUUUUCUCCCGCUAUCUUGUGAGCCACGCGUCCGUCAUGCUCUGCCGCUUGGCUGUCGCGGCCAGCCGCAGAAAUGGCACUGUGCCGAUUACAUCUCUUGGUUGUCUGGCCUCUAGAAAAAAGCACACUCUCCCUGACUUGCCCUAUGAUUAUGGUGCUUUACAACCACACAUCAAUGCAGAAAUUAUGCAGCUUCACCACAGCAAACAUCAUGCUGCGUAUGUAAAUAAUCUGAAUAUUGCUGAAGAAAAAUACAAAGAGGCCUUGGCAAAAGGGGACGUAACUGCCCAGGUGUCCCUUCAGCCGGCUUUGAAGUUCAAUGGUGGAGGUCACGUUAAUCAUACUAUCUUUUGGACAAACCUUUCUCCUAAUGGCGGGGGAGAGCCAACAGGGGAGCUGCUGGAAGCCAUUAAACGUGAUUUCGGCUCAUUUGCAAAUUUCAAGGAGAAACUCACAGCUGCUUCAGUUGGUGUCCAAGGCUCAGGAUGGGGAUGGCUCGGUUUUAAUAAAGAAUCUGAUAGACUCCAGAUUGCUGCCUGUCCCAAUCAGGAUCCUCUCCAGGGAACCACAGGACUUAUUCCUCUGUUAGGAAUUGACGUAUGGGAACAUGCAUAUUACCUUCAAUAUAAAAAUGUUAGACCUGAUUAUCUCAAAGCUAUCUGGAAUGUGAUCAACUGGGAAAAUGUAUCUUCAAGAUAUGCAGCUUGCAAAAAAUAGAACAAAAUCUUGUAGAAACAAUGUCUAGGUGUUCCUCAGAUUAUUUUUGUAAUAUGUAGCAGCUCAAUUGCUAAUUGCUCCAUCACUGAAAAUAUUAAAUCACAUCACCAGAAGGUUUUCACUGUCAAGCUAAUUUUUACCUAAUUGUGGUAAAACUGUAGGUUAUUAAAGUGCUAACUGUCUCUUUAAAAACAGGAGGGGGUUAUGUAAUGUUCUGAAAGAACGUAAAUUUCUAAAACGUAAAAAUGGAAUUAUAGAUGAAAUUCCUUUUGGUAACGUGAAUUUGUAAUGCUUUUGAAUAAUUUCUUGCAAAUUCAGGAAGCCUCUUAAGAAAUAAUAAUUAGAGAACAUUUAAUAAACUAGGUUUCCUGAAAAGUUGUGUAUCAAGAGCUUUAUAGUCCUUGAAUAAAAGGCAAUCUGUUAUAUUCAUGUUAAUAACAAACAUUUGGCAUGUUCAUUAUAACAAAGAUUCCUAAAUUGUGUCAGUUGGUAAAUAUAGUAGAUCACUUCAUGAAAUUUGUGCUUCUGAAAGGGGGGAAAAGUAAGUGAUACAAUGGUGUGACACAGUGUACCAAAUAUAUAGGAUAAAAUGGUUGGGUUAAAGGUAUAUAUGCACUGUCUUCAAGUGAAAUAUAUCCAUCCAUUGUUACGUCUACUAUAUAUCUGACUACUAUAUAUGACUUUGUUCCAAAAAUAAAAAUGCAAAACUACUGUUUAAA